AUUUGUUAUGGAGUUCAGAACAAAAGUUCCAAUCCACAUCCAAGCUUCAGAAGAAUUAGCUCUUAUAGAGAGACAAAGACCAACUAAGGUAAAGCCAUUGAAUAAAAUAAAUCGGAAACCAAAUCCUUUUGCUUCCAGCGUAUUUCCCUCCAAUGACAAAUUUACUGGAACCAAGGUUAUUGAUGGAGACACUAAGACCCAGUUCCGCAUUCGACCCCAGACUCCCAAGCUUGACAUGAUUCUGCUCCAGAAAGCCAAGAGAAAGCAACUUCGCAAGUUAGACGCCAAGCCUGUCAGGAAAGCAGUCAUUGAGAAGAAAGUUCCCCAAACUCAAAAGAGGAGGAUCAAAAUUUAAGAGAAAGAACUCCAAUAAUAACCCUGACAAACAGUCAACGACAGUCGAUAAUAACGAAGAAGACAAAUCCGAGGUCGUAAAGACCCAGCAGAACUUCUUCGGAGCCAAGCUCGAAGUUGACCUCGACCGAGAUCUCAGAGACGACUUGUCUGAUGGCGAAACGAUUCUGUCUCAGGGCAAGCCAGAAGCAGGAGUGCUGUUCGGCGCAGCCUACGAGAACGCAUACUUCGACAUCCUUGAAAAUGAGGGAGUCAGCAACGACACUGAGAUAAACGAGCGGCUGCUUGAGAUUGCUCUCGGAAUGUCCAAAGACGAACUCAGAGAGCUCGACAAAAUUGAAAUUGUCGUUGAUACAACCAACACCCACAUGCAGCAUGUAGGAGAAGUCCUUCAGAGUUUGCAGGCACUCAAGCUCAACGAUAGUGUGAUCCCCUGAGUCAGAGACCUGGGGACAAGCUUCCGCAACCUCAGAGUGCUGUCUAUCAGCCGGUGAGAGAUGACCAGUCUGGCAGGUCUCUCGUCGAUGGAACACCUCACAGAAUUGUACGCAAGUUAUAACGACAUCCAGGAUUUGUACGACAUCAGCUACUGCGACAAGCUUGAGGUUCUGGAUCUUGAAGGCAACAACAUUUCAACCUGGGACAACGUCUCAUAUUUGAUGGGACUCGACCACUUAAUCGAAGUGCACUUGGAAUGAAAUCCGAUUGCGGAAGAACCCAAUUACCACAACAGAGUCAAAGAAAUCAUUAGGCAGGUCCGCUACAUCGACAACAUCCACGUUGACGCCAUCGAGCCAGAAGAAGACAAGCAAUUUGUGGAGCAUGACUUUGUGGAAGCAAGUGUGGUCGAAGAGAAAGUGUUCGUCCUAUCAAAGUUCGCGAAAUUCAGCAUUUUGAAAUUCGAUGACCUCAUCCGCCUUGCUGACGAAGCCAUCAGAGCCAUGCCUGAAGAAGAAGAUGAAGACGCUCUCAUCAAGAAGAGCAUCAAAUAGCCACGACAGAAAGAACAAAGCAUUUGAAAAAGAAACUUUUGACGUAUUUGAUUACGAGAACGAUACCGAACUGGAAAAUGAAGACUGUUCUGAUACUGAGAGAUCCCGCAAAGAUACCAAGAAGAAAAUGUGGAGGAGCUGAACCAACGGCUUCUUCAAGCGUCAGUCCUCAAUGGGCUCAGGCUCAGACGCAGUCAACAGAAGCAACUUCGUUGAUGAUUCAGACUCGGUGUUCAGAAGCAGCAUGAGAGGAUUCUUCACUGGCAAGAACAAAGAAAACAAGAACCAAAACAACACCAUUUAUGGGUCGUCUAACAGCACAACCGAGUCAAACGAGUACUCGAGCUUGGUGUCGAACAGCAACGUAGCGUUCUCAGGGAACCCUCUCAGAGCUCUGAGACAUGGCAAGAAAAACGCAUUUUCGAACUACGGGUCUUCAGACUUGCUGGAAGCCAAGGGUAUUGAAGAACUCAUGAACGACUUCAGCCGGAGCGCCCAGAACUUCAAGUCCACAAUCAACAACAUGGAUGUGGGAGAACGCUUAAAGCAAAACCACCAGAAGAACAAGCUCGAAGAGUGAAUGGAGUCACCGACUGAGAGAAUGGGCAGUAGUCCUGUGAAGCUGGCUAGAGGGUCUUUGACACUGUCGAAGCACAAAAUAUCAUUGAAGAAAGGAGGGCCGGUAAAGGCCAACCAUGUGAUUAAGAAAUCUUUAAUAAAACUAAAAUAGGUCUUGAACUAUUUC